GGGGCGCACAUCAUCCACGCUGCACGUGACGAACAUAUCAUCGUGGUCAAUAGAGCGAUGAGCGCUAGAAGACGAGAGGAUCUCGAAACGGCCCUUAGGAGAACCCUCGGUUUUCACCUCGGAGCGGAUGUGGCAGGUGACGACGGGGAGGUGCUGGUAUCGGCCCUUCUCGACAGCGCCGAGGAGGGAAAGCUGAUGGACAGCGCGGCGGUCGGUCGUGAGUUCGACAACUACCUUCCCAAUGUUGCUUGUGCCGCGAGUAGCAAAAGCUCGCUGUCUUCCCCGUCGUCUGAGCAGAAGGAGGAGGAGGUGGAGCUGUACGAGGAUGUCUUGAGGGACGCGUUGAAGCAUUUCCCGCUAGCCCCUUCGAACCCGGAAGAGGAAGGCAGCGGUAGCGGAGAAGACGACAGCGUGUCCGAACCAGGGUGCUGUUCGCUGUGCGAGAGGCUAAUGCCGCUGACGCGCCACCACGUUAUGCCCAAGAGCACCCACAAGCGCUACCGAAAGAAGGGCUACUCCGACGCGGUCCUGAACCGCACCAUCGCCAUCUGCCGCCCCUGCCACAGCGCCGUCCACCGCGCGCACGACGCCCUGGCGCUGGCGGAGCGCUUCACCACGGUGGAAGAGCUGCUGGCGGACGAAACAAUCGGCCGCUUCGUCGCCUGGGCCCGGAAACAGCGCACCACGAGCGUGCAAGACUCGCGCAACAACUUGCUCCGCUAUAGACGGUAG